GAGCCCUGUCUGCGCCGCUCCGCUCCCGGGAGGUGCGGUCCCCACCCUCGUCACCCGCCGCCUCACCGAACGGGGGGACAGGCUGCACCUGGCGUCGGGGCCCCGUGGGUCCCCAGCCCUUCCUGCCCCGCGAGCCACGCCUCGGCCCCGGCAGCCUCGGUGUUGGGUUUUGCUCCUGGCUGUUCUGCUUUCUUGCCUGGGGACUUCCCUGGACAAAGGGGCCCUUCACAGCCUACCCUGCGGAAGCCACGCCCGGCUUCUUCCAAACGCCGUUUUCGGGGAUGGGCCCCGAGCGUGGUCUGGGAAUGUGAGCCUUGCUCCGGAGGCGCCAGACAGGGAGGUCGAGGGGUUUAGUCCCUCGUUCUCUGUGAAUGUGUAUUUCGGAACCUCCCCUUCUCCAAGAAUACUCAUUUCUGUCUAUGCUUGAGCCAUGGAGAGGGCUCUCUUCACCUACGAAGGGAACAGCAAUGACAUACGUGUGGCCGGCACUGGGGACGGGGGCCUGGAGGAGAUGGUGGAGGAGCUGAACAGCGGGAAGGUGAUGUACGCCUUCUGCAGGGUGAAGGACCCCAACUCCGGCCUGCCCAAGUUUGUCCUCGUCAACUGGACCGGCGAGGGUGUGAAUGACGUGCGGAAGGGAGUGUGCGCCAACCACGUCAGCACCAUGGCCAGCUUCCUGAAGGGGGCCCACGUGACCAUCAACGCCAGGGCCGAGGAGGACGUGGAGCCCGAGUGCAUCAUGCAGAAGGUGGCCAGGGCCUCGGGUGCCAACUACACCUUCCACAAGGAGAGCGGCCGCUUCCAGGACGCGGGCCCCCAGGCCCCAGUGGGCUCCGUGUACCAGAAGACUAACGCCGUGUCUGAGAUCAAAAGGGUCGGCAAAGACAGCUUCUGGGCCAAAGCCGAGAAGGAGGAGGAGAACCGGCGGCUGGAGGAGAAGCGGCGGGCGGAGGAGGAGCGGCAGCGGCUGGAGCAGGAGCGGCGGGAGCGGGAGCUGCGGGAGGCCGCCCUCCGCGAGCAGCGCUAUCAGGAGCAGGCCGGCCCCCAGAGGAAGAGUGAGCAGCACGAGGUGGCUUCCAGGAGCCGAGAGGAGCAGGAGCCUGUCUGCCAGCAGCCACCACACCCCCGGGAAAUUUUCAAGCAGAAGGAGAGGGCCAUGUCCACCACAUCUAUCUCCAGCCCGCAGCCAGGCAAGCUGAGGAGCCCCUUCCUGCAGAGGCAGCUCACCCAGCCGGAGACCCCUCUCAGCAGAGAGGCGGCCCACGCCCCCUCAAGGCCCAGGGCAGAUCCCCGCGAGGAGCCGGUGCCCAGCACCCCUCCGUGUCUGGCGCAGGUGGAAGCAGAGGCCGUGUACGAGGAGCCCCCAGAGCAGGAGACCCUCUACGAGGAGCCUCCAGUGGUGCAGCAGCAAGAUGGCAGCUCCGAGCACGUUGACCACUACCCGGGGCUGAGUGGGAAAGGGCUCUGUGCCCGGGCCCUGUAUGACUACCAGGCAGCCGACGAGACCGAGAUCUCCUUUGACCCUGAGAACCUGAUCACGGGCAUCGAGGUGAUCGACGAAGGCUGGUGGCGAGGCUAUGGGCCUGAUGGCCACUUCGGCAUGUUUCCCGCUAACUACGUGGAGCUCAUUGAGUGAGGCCCCCCGGGGGCUGGCUGCAGCUGCACGCCGGCCUCACCCGCCCCCCCCGACGUGGUUUCCUCGCUGCUGGAAGCGGUGGCGUGAGGGUUGUAAGCAGCGCUUCUCCAGGAGUGGGACCCCCUGAUGAGGACACGCCCCUGGGCUCCCUCUGGCUUGGGGGGCUUCGCCUCUGUUACCCCAAACGCAGCGACACCUGGUGGCCUCCCAGCGUGCUCCCAGCAGUAUCCCGAGUCCUCCCGACCAGCCUGGCCCUCGCUCCCCAACAGAGGACACUGACCGCGCCCUGUCCGGGGCCAGCCUCUCAGUGACCUCCGCUCGAGGUGCGCGGCUCUGCCGAUCUGGGCGGUCUGCAGGGGCGUCUGGAGGCCUCCCUCCUUCUGCAUUGGCCUUUUUCUCUUUUUCCUCCUGUCUCUAAGGGGUGGUGGCUAUUAGUGACCCUUGGGGACAGUGAACUUCAGAGUUUAUGACCAAAGUCGGAGUGGGUCGUGACAAUUUGGGACGCAGUCGUCACUCUCUGGAUCCUGCUCUGUGCUCGUUUCUCUGUCCCUCUGCCUGGGCCGGGGGCAGUGGAGACGGACGACGAAGUCCCCGUCUGAACACGUGGCGGAAGGAGGAAGAACGCCCACAGACGCGGCGGGGCCUUGCCCCCAGGUCUGCUGGGCCUGCUGGGCGCUGCUCGGUUGGUCCGGUUCAGGAAGAGUGACCACAGCGGCCUCUUCCUUUUGUCGUCCCUUCUCUCUGCCCCAGCCCACUCGUGUCUGCUUCUGGAGUAAGAAUUGCCCCACACAGGCCCUCGUUCUGAUCUAGCCCGUUGUGGCCUGAGUGCCCCCUUUGGGAACAAACCCCUUUCUGGGUGUCUUUGGCGGGUGUGGGUGACAUGUGUGCCCUCAGACCUUUGACCAACCAUUAGCCGCCUGGAAGAGGCAUAAAGGUGAAGAUGUGACGGAA